AUGUUCGGGAUGGAGGUAUUCUGCACAUUUCCAAGCAACUAUGUGGAAGCUCAGAAACAUGGAAAUGAGAGAAGGAUUAAAAUAGGAGAUUUUAAUUCUCAAGCAGACGGGGACGAAACCCUCCAGACAGGGAAACCUGCUAUGGAGGAGAUAGACGUGGAUAAGCUCCAAGAAGACCUAAUGCUAUCAGGGAGAGACACCCAGCUGCUCAUGAGAGACAAGAAUUGUCCAAACCAAUCAAAGGAGACACAGAAGUGCUCAAUGGAGACGAAAUGGACUUGGACGAAUCAGGAUGCAACACCAACCACUGAGAGAGAGGAGAAGCUUCAGGAGUGGAUGAGAAGCAAGUGGAGAGAUGCAGAAACGGAUUGGAUCAAGAGCUGA